CGGAAGUAGACUCAACAGCCAAUUAAAAUACAGAAAUAUGCGCGACGUUUGAAAUGAAAGAAAUAAAAACAUAAUCCAAUUUUUAGUUGUUAUAUAUAAAAUGGAAUCCGGUAACCAACAGCUGCUCACUUCAAUCCAGUCUGCUUUGGGAAAGCUUUAUCAAAUUUGGGACAGGAUUGGUAUAGGCAAGGCAAAUCAAGAUGAAAGAAGUACAACCGUUCUCAAACAUGUCCAGGGCCUUCUUGAUGAUAUGGUUGAUGAAGAGGAAGUUCUAGAGAAACAGAUUGAAACAAGAGUGUCCGACCUCACUGAAGAAUUGGCCCAGCUGUCAAAAGAGCUGCAAGUUUCUGAUUUCAAGCCUCCAACUGGUCUGUCUAUCUUACAUAAAGAAAAAGAAUUGAGAACAAAAGCCAACAGUCUUCGAGCCGAGAAGAAAGAACGGCAAAAAAUACUGGCCAAAUUACGUGCAGAUGACCAAGCCUUGUGUGACGUUUUAUGUAUGACCCCAUACUACAUCCCCUCUGGGUCUACACCUACUGGUGAACAGUUGAAGGAACUAGAAACACAUAUACACAAACUUUCAAUGGAGAAGACUCGGCGCUACAGCACAUUCAUAGACCGAAAGAAGCAUAUCAGCGAUCUGAUGCUGGAGAUGGAACGCAGUCCAGAGACUGCCUUCGAGCAGGAAGUGGUCGUGGAAGAUGAGUCACGGUUUGUCCUCUCCUGCGACAACAUGAGUGCUCUUGAGGCCCUGCUGUCCGAGCUGCAGUCUACAAAGGUGCGUCUAGUGGAGACGGUGAAGGGAUUGUGGGAGCGAGCAAGAAUGCUGUGGGAAAGACUGGAGGUGCCGAAACAUGAACAGGAGAUGUUUGAGGAGGGGAAAGAAGGAUUCAAGCCAGCAGUUAUGCAGGCAUUGCAAGUUGAGGUGAAGCGAUGUGAGGCCCAGAAGUUAGCAAAUAUCCAGAAGUUUGUGGAUGGCAUCCGUCACGAGCUCGAGACCUGGUGGAACAAGUGUUACUACAGCGCCAAACAGCGGGCAGAGUUUAAACACUUCAGUGACAGCGACUACACUGAAUACUUACUGACAGUACAUGAGCGUGAGGUAGCAACGGUGAAGGAAUAUUAUGAGAACAACAAGGGAAUCCUACAGUUGGUCGAGCAGAGAGAGGCGCUCUUUCAUAAGAUGAUUGAGUUUGAGAAGAGAGCCAAUGACCCUAACCGUUUCUUCAGUGACCGAGGUGGCAAACUACUGCUGGAGGAGAAGGAGAGAAAGUCUCUCAUGAAACAACUGCCCAAGGUUGAACAAGAGGUUAAGGACAAGAUACUUGUAUGGGAGAAGGAACACGGCCGGAUCUUCUCUGUUAACGGGCUACCCUUUAUCACGUACAUUGAAAAGACAUGGAAGGACCAUGAAGAACAGAAACAACGGGAGAAAGAUGAGAAGCAAAAGGCAAAGACUAAACAGAUGAAUGAAGAGAUGUUGUUUGGGAGCAAGCCCAGUACUCCUGUAAAGAGGAGGUUCCAGCCCACGAACACACCCACCAAGACGCCCAAACAACGGAAGAUAGACUACAGUACAACCUGUAGCACAGUGAGUUCCGCCUCAUCUCAAGGGUUACGUACACAAAAGGUGAAUGACACAACAAAGACACCAGGGUCGACGAGUCGUUUGCAGCAGUCAACAGUUUAUCACUCGCCCUACAGGAAGAUGGGAACCAACACUGGUCCCCACUCUAACAGGAUGGCUUCAACAAGCAAACUGGCCCCUGGUAGCAGAAAUCGUAGACGUUCAAACCGGCUAGCUCGGAAGGUGUUGGGUGAUCGCAAUGAUGGUACGAACGAGAGCCACGUGUUCUCACAGACCACCAUCAGCUCUGUUGAACCUGGUGGGAACGGAACUCUUGCUUCUACUGGAUCUUAUCAGGAGUUUGCUUUACAGGUACCAGAUAAUCUACACUCAACGAAACUGAAAACCCCUUCACCUCUCAAAGUUAAAAGAUUCUAGAACACCACCAAAUGGGGGCCUGAAACCGACAGUGAGGCCUUUCUGCCGCAGCUCUUUAGCUCCCCAAGGACAGAGUCCGAUAAAAAGCAUGGACCAUCAUAGACUGUGAAUAGACAACAGCGUGGGAAUGCCAUGAAUUCAUUGAUAGUACACGGUGGCAAAGUGGCAUCCAUAAAACGACCAUCACAGAUUGUGAUUUUUACAUAGCGAUUAAAUUCCAGGCAAACAUUUAUGCUACACAGUGUCAGAGUGGCAUCCAUAGAACAACCAACAUGGAAUGCAAACAUUAUGAACAUAAACCAUCAAAUACCAUAUAUAUUAUGCUUUGGCAAAAAUAAUUUGUUUUGUUUUUGAAUCAAACACAACUUAAUAUACUGUCGUAGCUGAAAUAACACUUGCUUCGUUGAUAUAUGAAACAUUUACAACAUAGACUGAAUGAUACACUACUGGAAUCAAGCGAUUGUGUCCACAACCAUAAACUUCACUUGUGAGAAAGCACUUGCUACAUCAAUUCAUGGUUAGAAAUCAUAGAAACAGCCAGAAUAUCACAAACUAAACUGUGAAGACAUUGUGCCUUCAUUUACUAUGUGUGUACCUUCAGACUGUUUGCAAGAAAUCAUAAAUGCUGAGUGAUCAAAUAAAUCUCAUUUAACUUAUGACCUUAUCAAUUGGGCAGUAGACUUGAGACAUGGAUGUGGCUUUUAUUUUCUAGGAAAAUAUUUGCAUUUUGUGCUCUCAAAAAUGAAAAUGCUUUCAAGGGAUAUUUUUAUUUGUAUUUGUAUAUAGAACAAUUAUAAACAUUAUAGUGUUUUAAUAUUUUAAAAGCAGUACAAUUACAGAGGAAUGAUCAUUAUUGGACAUGUAUCCACAUAUAUCUUGGUAUAAAAUUGAUACCUGAAGCUUAUUUAUGUAUUUUAUUGUUAACUUAGGUUUAAUAAUUUUCAUUUUUGGGCAAAGUUGUUCUUGUAGUCAUGCAAGUUAUAUUUAAGCUAGUGGGCAUUUGCUUAUGAUGUUUACCAUAUUUAUUUCAUUAUAAAUUGCAAUAUUUUGAUUUGUUAAUACUUGUAAAGCAAGGAAAAAUGUAGUGCAAUGUAAUAUGUGUUUUAGUAAUUUUAUAUUUGUUAUUAAAUAUAGAAUGUAAUGGUAUCCACUCACAAAAAAUAAAAUGUUUUGUUGUUGACCCUGUCUUAAUUUUUUUUGUAAUAACCAUUUUUUAAAGUUGAUGUCAUUGUAAUUGCAGUUGUUUAAUAUAAAAGGUCAUUAAAUAAUUACUUAAACUUAACAAAAUCCUCUAUUUAUUUUGUACAAGUAGUCUGGUAAUGAUAUAGCAGAAGUAAUACCCCAAACAUUCUUUGCAUAAUCUGGUUUGUAAGCUUUAUAGGAACAACUAGUGUACAACCCUGUACCGCCUUUAUAUAUGUGUGUCUAUUUACUGGCUGUAAAUUGCUCCCGUUUUGGGGCAAGUUUCAACUUGUUGUAUUCUACUUGAUAUGCUCUUCGUUUGUGUGAUUUUCAAUUGGAAAAGUCGAGAAUUGUAUUGUUACAAACUGAGUUCGACAGUGGCGUUGGCAAUGUGCAAAAUUGUUAAAUGCUUGACAUUUCUUUGAAAUCUUUGGACAUUCACAUGGAUUACAUGUAUGGCAGUGUUCGACCGUUGCCAUAUAUAUGCAGAGCUCUCGUGAACAAUUUCUACCUAAAGUGCAUGUUCAAUGUCAUUCUUUGAAUUACAACUAUAUUAUACAAAUUAAUAAUAGAGAAGUUGUGAAGCACUACUUGUACAUGUCUUUGAUGUGUGAACUACUUGUAUAGGUCUGUGAAUGUGUGAACUACUUGAACAGGUCUGUGUAUGUGUCAAGUACUUGUACAGGUCUGUGUUUGUGGCAACUACUUGUACAGGUCUGUGUAUGUGGCAACUACUUGUACAGGUCUGUGUAUGUGGCAACUACUUGAACAGGUCUGUGUAUGUGGCAACUACUUGAACAGGUCUGUGUAUGUGUCAAGUACUUUUACAGGUCUGUGUAUGUGGCAACUGCUUGUACAGGUCUGUGUAUUUGUGAACUACUUGUACAGGUCUGUGUAUUUACACAGACCUGUACAAGUAGUUGCCACAUACACAGACCUGUACAAGUAGUGGCUCCACAAGUAUAAGUACAAAUAGUGUUCCACCUCUCAUGUUGUCAUACAUGCCAUAUUUCUGAGAGGCUUCCCAGGGGAUUUUGGUCUGAAUUCCAGGGGAUUUUGAUAUUGCACCAGGGGAUUUUUACGCGACGAAAAUUUGCGCAAUAUCUGCAUUUAUAAUAUAAGAAUUAAUACAGAAAUACACUCAAAUAACAAUAAUUUUUGGACUUAGUCAUCAUGGUCCUUCAUGGAAUUUCACACUCAUAAUAUUAUUGAUGCUUUCUACUGCCAACCUUAAGCAAGUUUUGAAAAAAAAUAAUAAAAUAUUCCAGUGGAUAUGGAUCCCCCAGCAGGGGACCAGGGGAUGGGUCGAAAUUCAGGGGGAUUUUUUCCCCCACCGGGGGAUAUGGCAUGUAUGUGUUGUAUUUUAAUGAACAUUCUCCACUUAACUGUGAGUGACAUUUCUAGUGUGUCAUCAUUAUGUACAUAGCUCCGUAUAUUUCAAUUUUAUCUCUUUUACAGGUUCUUUCUCUUGCUAUCUUUCUAAUCUAUGUUUGUGUGUCUUACAAAGAUCAUCCGUGUAGCAAUCUGGUUUUAACAUAUUGUUUUAAACAGUAGGUGCUUGAUCAUAAUUUUAAUCACAUUUCAUAGAUACAAUAGAGAAGCAAAUAAAAGGAUAUGCUAUUAUCAAGUUUUAUGUGUCAUCAACAUGAAGUGUUUAUAAAAAGACAUUAAAUGUUUAUGGAAAACAGUUGUAUUGUAUUUUAUAUUUCAUUGGGCCAUCCUCUAAAAUGUUUGCAGUGACCGGACACCAGUCUUUGACCCUUGGGAGAAAUAAAAAGAUUUUUUAUUUAUUUUGCUGUAACAGUGUUCUUUUGUUUCAUGUAAAGAAAUUCUAUACUAUUUACAAAUUAAUCCCAGACUCAUUGUUACUAAGUAUGACUC